AUGUAUUGUAUUACAUACUUGAAUGACAUUCUACUUGAUUAUAAGGGUGUUGGUAAAGCAGUAGACUCCAGCGACCCAAUUACUCCAUGGAGAAUGCCAAGAGGUUAUGGUGGGACUGCUAUACUAUGGAAGAAAAAUCUUGACUCCAUAGUCACUCCACUGUCUAUAGGAAAUAAUCGUAUACAAUGCAUAGAGAUCAAUGGUGACCCAAAUUUAUUAGUCAUUUCAGUAUAUUUGCCGUGUAAAGGUUCAACAAAUAGUCAAACAGAAUUUCAAGAAUGUCUAGAUCUUUUGAAUGAAAUAUUGACAACCUAUGAACUAACACACCAAAUAAUAAUAGGUGGUGACUUUAAUGAGGAAAUCUUUGGAUCUAAUGACUCGAUAAGACAGAAAUAUAUAGUGUCAUUUAUGGACGAACACUGUCUGUGUACAAAAGAUACUGGAAAAACAUUCAUUAGCGCUAAUGGGAGUGAUUGUACUGCAAUCGACUAUAUACUUUUUCAAGAAACUUUUAAAGAAUCAAUCAUUAAUAUUAGGAAAUGUGAUUUAGUUGGGAAUGUUUCUGACCAUUAUCCUCUUCUAUUGUCUUUGGAUUUCAAAACAACUAAGAGUUCAAAUACGAAAACAGAAUUUAAGACUAAAAUGAAAGUUAAAUGGGAUAAAGCAGACUUGUUGAAGUUCACUGAGAUAAUUAAUGAGGAACUUAUUACAUCUUUAAAAGUUAUAAAUACAAAAGAUGAUAUAGAAACAGGUUUUCAUGAUAUAACAGCUGUAAUAACAAAAGCCACCAAUGAGAUAGCACAAAAACCAAAAAUUCGAAAGAAUAAACCAAAAUCAAAAGUAACGUCUGAAGAAAUUUUAAAAGCUAUUAAGAAUAAGAAAUCAGCAUUUUAUUAUUGGAAAGCAAAUGGACGGCCAACUACUGAUUGCUUAGAUCCUUUUCUACUUGAAAAGAAAAUUACAACACAGGAACUGAGAAAAACUUGUAGAUUGGAAAUUGCACAAAAACGCAUGCAAGAAAGAAAUGAAAUUAUUGAAGCAAGUUCAUCAAACAAAACUCUCUUCUAUAAACUUAUCAACAAGCAACGUGGAAAACUAUCUAGACGUAUAGAUGAGCUGAAUGUAGGUGAUAACAUUUAUAACACUCCAGAGCAAAUAAUGGAGGGGUGGAAAAUACAUUUUGGUCAACUAGCAGAAAACACUCUUGAUGAAAAUUUUGAUUCCAAUUAUCUAAAGAAUACUGAAAAUGAAUAUAAAAACAUCAUUGAACUCUGCAGUGAGCAAUUUAUUCAUGUUAAUGUAACACAGGAAGAAAUUUUAAAAGCUAUAAACAGUCUGAACCGAAACAAGGCAGCAGAUUUCUAUGGCAUUACAGCUGAGAAUAUUAUCCACGGCGGUGCCAACCUUUUAACAUACUUACAAGCUUUAAUCAACAAAUCAUUUGAAAAACAUUUUAUUCCUGAUUCACUCAAAAUUGGAACCCUCUUUCCGGUAUUUAAAAAUAAAGGAGAAUGUAAAAAUGCAAAAAACUACAGAGGAAUUACUGUAACACCAACAUUCUCAAAAGUUAUCGAGAAGAUACUAAAAUUUAGAGAGAACUGUAAAAUAAUAAUAUGUCAAAAUCCGUUACAAAGAGGUUUCACAGAAAAUUCAUCACCAUUACUUUGUGAACUUAUAGUAGAAGAAUUUGAAAGAGAGAAUAAAGAUCUUAAGCGCCCAACAUAUAUAGGCCUCCUGGAUGCAAAAUAUGCCUUCGAUGUAGUGGUUCACGCAAACUUAAUUAAAAGACUUCAUCAAUAUGGUUUUUCAAAUCAAUCAAUAUUAUUGAUAGACAAUCUUUACCAAAAUGCAGUGUCAUAUGUCAAAUGGGACAAUAGCUUCUCAGAAGAUUUCUUUAAAAUAGAACAAGGUGUUCGGCAAGGCGGCACUCUCAGUGCUGAUUUAUAUAAACUAUAUAUAAAUCCUCUUUUGAAUUUUCUAUGUGACUCUGGACUUGGUGGAAAAAUUGGAAACAUUAAUUGCUGUGCACCGACAUGUGCAGACGAUGUUGCACUACUUGCCUGUAACCCAUUAGAUAUACAAACAAUGGUAGAUAUAGCCGUGGAUUUCAGUAAGCGCGAAGGAUACCAUCUACAACCUUCAAAAAGCGUAAUUUUACCUGUAAAAAGCAAAGCUAAAACUAUAGAAACUAAUUUAGGAUUUUGGAAAUUGAACGAUACUGUAAUGCCAGUGGUAGACAAAGCUUCACAUAUUGGAAUAACGAGAUCUCAAAACAAUUCUGCACAAACAACUGUUGACGAAAAUUUAAAAAAAAACAGAAGGGCUAUCUACAGUCUAAUGGGAACUGGUCUACAUGGGGAGAAUGGUCUUGAUCCUGAAACAUCAAUUGCAAUGUUGAGAACAUAUAUUCUUCCAAUACUAACCUAUGGGCUUGAAAUUGUGAUACCAAAAGGCAAAAUUCUUGACAAUUUACAGAUCCAAUACAAAAAGUUACUUAAGCAAAUUCUUUCACUAAAUAUUAAUGUGGCUGACCCUGCUGUAUACUUAAUAUCUGGUUUACUACCUAUAGAAGCAGAAAUACACUUAAAAAUCCUAUCAUUGUUUGGAAAUAUUGCAAGAUCAAAUAAAAAUUCAUCUGAGUGGAAGCUAGCAGAAAGACAACUACAGAUUAAGAGCUUUGAUAGUAACAGCUGGUUUAUAGACAUGAAAAAGAUAUGUAUCAAAUAUAGUCUAGAAAACCCAUUAUCACUACUUUAUAUUGAUAUGUCAAAAGGAAAAUGGAAGAAAUUGACUACCACAGCAGUACAUAAAUAUUGGACAACAAGAAUUAAUGAAGAAAUAAUGUAUUACUCAAGCUUGAAAUACAUUCCAACAUCUUUAUUUAAAGUUGGGAAAAUUCAUCCUUUGGCCUUAGCGAACAGUGCUAAUCAAAGAGACAUCAAUAGAAUUCCAAUAAGAAUAAAAAUUGCAACUGGAACCUACAUUCUACAAACGAAUAGGGCAGCUUACAAUCAAAACAACGUUGAUCCAACUUGUAAAUUAUGUGACCAAGCAGAAGAAUCACUUUCACAUUUCUUGCUGUGUUGUAGAGCACUUGACCAAUUUCGUACACCAAUUUUGAAAAACAUUAUAUAUAAAUGUAGUGAGCUUCCUGCUUUGCAACAUUCUAAUAGUCAGCUUGACAUUUUGCAACUAAUUAUUAAUCCAUUCCACUAUGCUUGCAGUGCUGAGUCAGAAAAUGAUAUAAGCUAUAGAAUUGAACCUUUGUGUAGACAAUUAAUUUAUAAAUUACAAUAG